UGUGUUAUCAAUAAAAUUAAAAAAAUCUGCCAAUCUGUUAAAAAUUUAAAAUUUAAUAAUCUUUGUUUUUAUUCAAAUUUCAAGUGUUCAAAUUAUUAAUACGACUGUUUUAAAUCUUAAUCAAAAGUAAAAUAUAACAAGAAAUUAAGAAAAUCGCUUUUUGAGUUUCAAAAAAAAAAGUCUAUCAUUACUUUCAACCCAAUUGGGAAUGACUCAAAUUCUAUGGAUGAAUGCAAAUUGUUUAAAAAAGAAUAUGACAAGUGUUUUAAUAUUUGGUUCAGGGAUAAAUUUCUUAAAGGAAGUAAUGAUGACUCUGUGUGUUCAGAGCUUUUGAAGAAUUAUACAGGAUGCGUCAAGAAAGCGAUGAAAGAAAAAGACAUUAUUAUUGAUGACGACUUCAGACGAUAUCAUCCAAAAAUUAGUCCCAAUUACGAACAGUCUAAAAAUAAAUAAAGUGUGGAGUUCAGUGUGUGGUGAAGAAGAGCUCGAAGAACCAUUUAUUUUUUAUUCAACCAUUACCAAUGAUUUAAAAUGAACUAUAUUAUGAACCACAUUAUAUUUAGGCAUGACUGUAUGUCUGCAUUCUAUUUUAUAUGUAUUAUAUAUAUUGGACAUUCUUGUUGUAGUACAAUUGAGUAAUUGUUAGGUAAAAUGUUUUGUGUAAACUUUAGGUCAUACUUUUCUGAAAAAAAAAAAAAUGAAAUAGGUAAAAUAUUUUCUACUGCAUCGUUUAUUAUUAUUUUUAAACAAAAAUAAGUAAAUAUCAUCACAUUUCUUACGUAGGGUCUCAAGGAAUUUUGUAUAAGUCUCAGGAUUUCUCAUUGUACAGAAAAGUAUUAUUUCGGUUGUAUUAUUGAUUGUAAAAUACCUCAGCGAACUACAUAAUGGCUCAAACAUUGUAUGAUCAAAGAUCACAUCUAAAAAAAAAAAUUUUUAAUAAACAUAUGUAUGUAUGAUUUAGUAUAAUGAAAUUACCAGCUGCUAGAACCAAA